UCAGUCAGUGUAACUGACAAAGCAGAGGUCUAAUGACCAGCUCCCACUUUGCUACCUCGCUCAGCUGAACACUGUCACCUCCCCCCUUCCUUCCCUACUUGUAAAACUUCUUAUCUGAGUUUCUGCAGAGCGGACCUGCAGCCUGUGGACAUCUCUGGAACACAAAGCUUCAACAAGAUGAGGAAAGAGAGUCGGUUAAGUCACUGGAUCUGUUGGAUUGUGGCUGUUACAGCAUUGUUUUUUUUGGGAUUCAUCAUUGGUUGGUUUGCAAAGCCCUCGCACACAAAGACCGAAACCCAUGAAGAUUUCAGCAAGAAUCUGAAGGAGUUUUUGGAUGAAAUGCAGACAAACCAGAUCAGGGAGCAUCUCAGGAAGUUUACCCGUCUCCCCCAUCUGGCUGGCACAGAGCAGAACCUCAAAUAUGCAGAGCAGAUCAAGAAAGAGUGGCUGGAGUUUGGAUUGGACUCAGUGUCUCUGGUGCCUUACGAUGUCCUGCUGUCCUAUCCCAACAAGUCACAGCCCAACUACAUCUCUAUAUGUGAUGACCUGGGCAAUGAGGUUUUUAACACUUCAUUGGCUGAGCCAAUUCCCCAGGGUUAUGAAGACGUGUCCAACAUUGUGCCUCCGUACAGCGCCUUCUCUGCUAAAGGGCAGCCACAGGGGGAUCUGGUGUAUGUGAACUACGGUCGAACAGAGGACUUUUUCCAGCUGGAGAGGGAGAUGGGCAUCAAUGUGACGGGAAAGAUUGUCAUUGUCAGAUAUGGGAAAAUAUUCAGAGGCAACAAGGUGAAGAACGCCAUGUUAGCAGGAGCUAAAGGGAUCAUUAUGUUCUCAGACCCAGCAGAUUACUGGGCGGCAGAUGUCGAGCCGUACCCUGAUGGCUGGAACCUGCCUGGUGGAGGAGCUCAGAGAGGAAAUGUUCUCAACCUGAACGGAGCAGGAGACCCCCUCACACCUGGCUACCCUGCUAAAGAAUACACGUACAGAUUCAGCCUGGAUGAAGGCGUGGGACUUCCCAAAAUCCCUGUGCAUCCGAUCGGUUUUCACGAUGCUAUUCACCUGCUGAAGAACAUGGGAGGGAGGAUUCCACCUAAUAACUGGAAAGGAGCUCUGAAUGUCUCCUACAGGAUCGGCCCGGGAUUUACAGAUGACUUCAAGAGCCAGAAAGUGCGUAUGAACAUCCACACUAAUAACCAGGUCACAAGGAUCUACAACGUCAUUGGGAAGAUCAGAGGAGCGCUGGAGCCAGACAGAUAUGUGAUUCUGGGCGGGCACCGGGAUGCCUGGGUCUUUGGAGGGAUUGAUCCCAUGUCUGGAGCAGCAGUGCUCCAUGAAACUGCACGGAGCGCUGGCAGUCUGCUUAAAAAAGGCUGGAGGCCAAGGAGGACUAUAAUAUUUGCUUCCUGGGAUGCAGAGGAGUUUGGUCUGCUGGGAUCCACAGAAUGGGCUGAGGACAAUGCCAGGCUGCUGCAGGAGAGAGCUGUGGCUUAUAUCAAUGCAGACUCAGCCAUAGAGGGUAUGUACACACUGCGGGUUGACUGCACUCCAUCUCUGCACACAUUAGCGUAUGACAUCACCAAGCAAAUAGCCAGUCCAGAGGAAGGAGAGGAAGGGCUUUCUCUGUAUGAGAGUUGGCAUAAAAGAGACAACUGGACCGAAGAUCGAGAUGCACCCAGGAUCAGUAAACUUGGGUCCGGCAGUGAUUUUGAGGCCUAUUUCAUCAGAUUGGGAAUUGCUGCAGGCAGAGCCAGAUACACCAAGAACAGGAAAACAGAGCGGUACAGUAGCUACCCAGUCUACCACAGUGUGUAUGAAACCUUCGAGAUAGUGGAGAGGUUUUACGACCCCUCCUUCAGGAGGCUGCGGGCGGUGGCUCAAGUCAGAGGAGGACUCAUCUUCAUGCUGGCGGACUCCAAGCUGCUUCCUCUUGAUGUUAACGAGUACGCAGACUCGCUGGGGAAAUACGCACAGAGCAUCGCGGAGGUGGCACAGAAGCACCCGGAACAAAUGGAGCUAUACAAAGUAUCAUUUGAUUCCCUGUUUUCUGCAGUGCAGAACUUCUCUGCUGCAGCCAGAGAUUUCUACGCGCGUCUGCAAACUCUCCACACAGAAGAUCCUCUACAGCUGCGGGUUGUGAAUGAUCAGCUCAUGUACCUGGAGAGAGCUUUUAUUGACCCUCUUGGUUUACCAGGCAGACCAUUUUACAGGCAUGUGAUUUUUGCUCCCAGCAGUCAUAACAAAUAUGCAGGGGAGUCUUUUCCUGGGAUCUACGAUGCAUUGUUUGACAUUGAGAACUCGGCUGACCCAGAGAAAGCCUGGCAGGAAGUCAAGAGACAAAUCAGCAUAGCAGCUUUCAUGGUGCACGCUGCAGCCAUGACCCUGACUCCACCUGCAUGAGGCUGAAGCAGUGAGAUCUGAUGAUACUGGAGUCUAAUGAGACUUCAUUACUUGAACUUCAACACAAAUAUGCUGAGAAAUCAGAAUCUUUGGAUUAUCUUCUCCAGACUUCAGAAAAGAAAAAUAUGUUGUGGCUAAAGUAAAGAAUUUAGUUAUUUGUUUUUUUUUAAUAAAUCUUCUGGAAAUGAGGAAUUUCAAUUAAAAAAAUGAAAUGACCUCAUUCACAUUGCCUGGACUCAUACUAGAUGUGUGACAUAAUGGCCAGAAAAAGACAAAAAUGUGAGGAGUGGCACUGAUUUUAAUUCAGGGUUACAAAGAUAUUUUAACAAAAAUAUUUUUUCCAUGCUCUGUACUCAGUAAUGAAAAUAAAACCACAUGGAAUGUUUAAAA